UGCAUGCGAUCCGCCAUUUCACCUAUCGUUGAAGGGUUUUUGAAUUGGAUCUCUCUUCUUAUUUUUAUGAUAUUUAUCACUGUGAGUUGAUUCUUAUUUACAAGGAUUACUUUUAAGGAUUCUAUAAAGCUUGAAGAAUUCAUUUUAGGAUAUAUAUUUCCGGGACAGGCUCCAUAUGAAGUGAAAUUUCGAUGGAGGCCGACCCGGGCAAACAACGGUCUCGACAAAAGCGUCGAGAGCGAGCAUUGCAGCUCCAACAGGAAAAACAAACCAGAGAGGAGGAUGAAGCGAGUGGCCAAGAUGACCAAGAUGAGUCUCCCCCACGAUCGAGUAAGGAUAAACUACCUCGAUCUAAACCUAAAAAGGUUAAAGGUGCUUUAUUCGAAGAGGAUAUUAUUGAUGGAUUUGCCAUUAUGAGUUUCAAGACACUUGAGGAUCUUGAGGGUGUUUCAAAGAAAAAUGGAUGUAUAAAACCCAAAGCGGUGAAAAUCGAAGGGGAUAAACCUUUGGAUACACUCAAUCACGAGGAGGAUAAUAAGCUCAAGAAGAAGAAACCCAAGAAGCCGUCUGUGCUGAACAGUUGUAUCGAGAACAGCAAUGGUGACUCGGGUGACGUUCCCCCAACAGCCUCGAACAGCAGCAACAAGACGGAACCUGUGGUCAACCAUAUGGUCAACAGCGGGGACCACCUGACCAACCAUCACAACGGUCCUUUAGAACCCCCACGUUCUAUAUCCAGAGACCGCCUUAGUGAUGCGAGUACACAUUCAGGAUCCGGUCAAGGCUAUGUGUGUGACGUUGAAAGUGGAGACGAUAAGGCAUCAGAAUCCGGGUCUGACCUUUAUUCUGGUAUACCUUCAGGAGGGAUUUUAAAUGAUCUACCAAGCAAUGGUAUCAGCAACCCUUGUGUGGCACUGACAGCCCCAACACCUCCACCAUCAACCUCAUCCACCCCGACGUCCCUGUGUUCACCCUCGCCUGUACACCAAGUACUUGUAGCCAGCACCACCACAACCACCACCACCACCACCAGCAGCACCAGCCGGCCUGGUCUCAACGACUCACUCACAGCUUUAACUGCUGUCACAACCGCCACCCUAUCCUCUGUGAUACACUCGGCACAAUCUGUGCCAGAGCGCUCGGCCACCAAACCGCCUCAGAACCAUUUAAAAAGGUCGUUAUCCCCCAGCUCUCAACAGCAACAUGUAGGGGAUAAUUCAAGUUGUGCUAGAUCCAUUCAGUAUUCCAAGGCUCUCAAAGCCAGUUCUGCUCACUCCAGUGCUAACAAAGGAUUAUCUCACAGCCACCACCAGCCCUCUUCUGAUAAUCCCCUGCAAAAUGGGCCAGGUAACUUGAUCCAAGCGCCGCCUGCCCAGCCUCACCUGAACAAUCACUUCCCGUACCCCAGCCCGGGCGCCAGCUACCCAUCGCCGUAUCCACUUUACUCACCUCUUCGUCCGGAUCCACGUCCAGUGGCUUUAGGAAGCAGCCCCCGGCCUGACCAAAGAUGUAACAGCUUAACUCCGCUGAGUAACGGCACCCCAGUGACCACAACUCCCAGCCACCUGGGUAGGUCUGACCAGAACUCUAGCGGGCACUCGUCCCCUGGGUACCAGCACAAGACUCCGCCUACACCCUCAUGGACUAAUGACCCCAGGCAGAAGUUCACGCCUCCCCUACCCCCCAAAUCUCAGAGCUGUAAGCCUGAGCAGUUGACAUUCAGUGCCAGCAGCCUGGUCAAAGAUUCUGAUAAGGAUAAAAUUAAACACAAGGACAGCAGUGGACAUCAUCUCCACCACAGUCAUCACCACCAUCAUUCUAAGGACAGAGAGAAGGAGAGAGAAAAACAGAGGACUCCGGUCAGCUCUUCAUCCCUAACCUGCCCCACCUAUCCAACUGCCAAACCCACCUGGCCAAGCAGCCAGGUGUACAGCCCCCUCCUACACCACCACAGCCCCUUGACACCAGCUCCACCCCAGUCCAGUCCAUUAUUCCCCCUCCCCUUGGCCCCACCACCCCCUCUUUUGGCAGCAGGACCAUCUAGUCUGUCAGCAGGGAUGUUUGCUCCCCCCAUACCCCCUGCACCCCCCACCUUAUCAUCAGCACCCCUGCCAACCCACCCCACAGCUUCCAGUCAGUUUUCUGCUGAGAGUUUGAUUAGAAGUCCAGAUUUCUUGCAUCAAGAUCUGAACAACCGCCUGUUGGCCCACAGAGAAUCCAGCUCUAUAGCUCUACCACCUACCCAGUUUGUGCGUAGUGAGACCCAUCAGCAUCAACACCAGCACCAACACCUACACAACCACAUGCAUCAACAUACAUAUGGGGGCCUCAGUGCCUCGCCUCUGGUUCCCCCAGGACCUCCUUUAUUUGAAAAAAUGCCAAAAAUGUUUGAGACAGCAGUUUUUAGGCCAAGUAUUGUACCAAGCUACAGCUCCUUUAGCUCCCUUCUUCCACCUGGACCAUCAGGCUCCACUAUAGCAUCCAGUCUCCAAGGGGCAUUCCAACCUAAGAGCUUGGUGACCCCUGGACAGAUGCUCGUGCCAUUCCGUGACAGAGAGAAAGCUGUUCCUCCUCCUCCCACGCCAAAAAAGCAGGGCAAGUGGUGUGCUGUACAUGUGCGCGUGGCCUGGGAGAUCUAUCACAGACAACAGAAGCAGCCUGACCCUGGCUCCUCCAACAAGUCUGACUCUAAGCCCCUGGAGCCAUCGCUCCGCCCACCUGCCCAUCUCCUGCCCCCAUCCAGACCCACAGAUCUGGGACCAUCAACACCCACUUCUUUACUAGCUUCUGUUGCCCGUAGUGUUCCUGAAGGCAUUGUACACCCAAGUAGCAGCUUUUUAUCUUCUAAUUUAGUGUCUGGUAUGUCAGGAUUUCCACGACCUUCACCUUAUCCUCCCCCAUCUCUGCUGAACCCACUGAGUUUUAGUGGACUUGGCAGCAGCAUGUUCUCUCCUGUGAGGGACAUGGGACCCCCGGGCCUACCCUCAGGCCUCUCAUCACCCCAUGAGUGGAACAGGCUGCACCGCACCCCUUCAUCAUUCCCUUCAUGGCCCAAGUCUGAGCAGGACAGAGAGAAGGAGAGAGACAAGGAGAGGAAGGACGAUGAAAGGGAGAGAAGAUCCUUAAAUCAUCGCCUACCUGGCACAGAGGACCCCAGACAUUCAGACCCUUCCCGGCCAAGAUCUAGGUCAAGGUCACGGUCACCUUUACGAAAUGGCCGCCUAGAGUGUCAUGUGAAGCCAGAGAUGGGACACUAUGACAGGAGACCCCUCUCUGCCUCCUCCUCAGAUAGGAGACCCCUCUCUGCCUCAUCCUCGGGCAUGAAGCUGAAAGAGGAGGAGAAUUCUAUACCUCACCACAUCGUGGAGAGGGAGAAGAUGGAGAGAGAGAGGAUGGAGAGGGAGAGGAUGGAACGGGAAAGACUAGAGAGAGAUAGGUUGGAGAGAGACAGGUUGGAGAGGGAUAGACUUGAAAGAGACAGGAUAGAGAGAGACAGGAUGGAGAGGGACAGAAUGGAGAAAGAGAAGCUGCUGCAGAAUGCGGAGAGGGCGGAGCGGGAGAAAAUCUUGCAGGCUGUGGAACAGAGGGAGAAAUUUUUACAGAACAGCUACUUGAGCCUGAGUCCAUUUCACACUCACCCUGGUCUGUUGGACCGCCGGGUCAGCUUCAUGGCACCGCCUGGCUAUCCGUUCUUGGACAGGCCCCCUGUCCCCACAACUAUGUGGAACCCGUUUGAUAAAACUUCACUGGAGAUGGCCCAUAGGCUGGAGAUAGAAAGGGAGAGGGAGCGCAUGUCCAUGGUGUCCCGCCUCUCCAGUAUCCCAUCCCAUCUGGCUGCUCUGGAGCAGGAGAGGCUGAAGGAGCAGAUAGUCAGAGAGCAGCAGGAGAGAGAGUACGACCUGAGGCGCCAGUACCUGGAACGUCUUCCAGCGUUUACGGCGGACCGUCUGCGUGCCGCCGACCCCCUCGCUCUCAGCGGAUACUUCCCACGAACAAUCAGCCCCAUGUUUGGGCCGGGGUCGCUGGCUGGGUUAAAAAGCAACUCCCCACACAUGCCCGGGGUGCCGCCCCCCCUGAUCCCGUCUAGCUCCUCCACCAGCAUGCUGUCAUCACGCAGCCAUGACAACUCACCCUCGUCCUCCAGCAAGUCUAAAGGCUGCAGCCCAGCUGACAGCACCAGUGAUCUCAAAGACAAAGGCAAUUCUACUGACCCAGAUGCUCAUUCUAGAUAAAGGAUUCCUUGUUCUAAUUAUGGAAUAAACAUGACCUUUAUAAAGGAAUUCCCCCAUGACCUAUAUUAAGGGAAUUCCUGUGACCUAUAAUUAAGGAGUUCCCAUGACCUAUAUUCAUAAAAGGAUAUUUUGAUCCCAAUACUCAAUGAGAAACUGGAUAUUGAGUGGAUUCUAUUCUUGAGAUUGUCAGCAUAAUACCAGCUAGUUCAUUCCAUAGGGUCAGCCUUGGUUUUUACUUAGUGCAAUUCUAGUCAUUAUGUGUCCAAUGGUAGUGUGAAAGAUUCUCUUGUCAACUGGUGCAGGAUUACUGUGUUGUCUACUGGCUGGCAUUGUGAUAUUUAGCUAUGGUUGGUACACACUAAGUGUACCAUGUGUUCACAUUCUUACAGCAUCUGUGUACGUGUACAAGUUCAUUCUUGUAGUAGACAAUGUUUUUUUUUAAAUGGUUAUGAAAAAAAAAAAAUGGAGGAUUAUUUUAUGAAAGAGAAAGCCAUUCAGCAGGCACAAGUUUUAUUUUUUGUGUCAAGAGUUGUCCCUUAUGGCAGUGUGAUUAGCUCCCUUUGUUGCAGGGAUCACCUUGGCAACCAGGAGCCUGUGAUAUCUGUUGUCUGAUGACUUCUGUAAGGAGAGAGCUUGGCUAGGAUUUUUUUUUUUUUGGGCAAUAUUUAUUUGGGAAUGUUUUUUUUUUUUUUUUUAACUUUAUUUAUUUAGAUUGCCUGAAGUAAACAAACAGGCAACAAUUGUUUUUGUUCUUCCUGGAGUCUAUGUUGGUUUUUAUUCUUGUAAGGGAUGAAUGAGAUUAUCUUACCAUUAUGUAUAUAGAAUUUCUGAUUCCCCCAACCCCCUUAAUUUCUUCAGUGUCUUGAUGAAAUAAAUGCUUUUGUCACCCAAG